GGUGCGUAUGUGUGUGUGCGCGUGUGUGUGUAUAUGAGUGUAUGUGUAUGUGUGUGUUUGAUGGUUAAAGCUCGAGCUCUCUCCUGUCAAUAUCGCACUUUAAACACUCCAAUGUAAUGCGAUGGGACUCUGAGGAUGGAUAAAGGCCGACUCCUGAGCGUGUGCCUGGCGGUGUGGGUGCUGUUUGGAGCACGGUGUGACGGUCUGUUGUGUAACUGCACUACGUCUCAGUGUGAAAAGAAUGGCUACCGCUGUGAGACAACGGGAGCCUGCAUGGCUUCGACUUCUCUUAUUGAUGGCCAGGAGCAGCAUGUUCGAAUCUGCAUCGAUAAAGAUAAGCUGGUCCCUCCUGGGCAACCCUUCUUCUGCUUGAGUGCCGAGGGGCUGCUCAACAUCCACUGCUGCUAUACAGACUACUGCAACAGUCUCGAUCUCAAGGUGCACUUGGUGACUGUCCAGCCUAACUCUUCGGCCAUGAUGGGUGGCUGGGGGCCGGUGGAGCUGGUCGCCGUGGUUGCAGGUCCCCUGUUUGCACUGUUUCUACUGGUGCUGCUGGGCCUCUUCCUUUUCCAACACCACCAGAGAGCCUAUGGCCACAGACAGAGACUGGAGGUGGAGGAUCCCAGCACUGAGCACCUGUACCUGGCUAAGGAUAAAACUCUACAGGACCUGAUCUACGACCUGUCCACAUCUGGCUCUGGUUCAGGUCUACCUCUGUUUGUGCAGAGAACAGUAGCCCGGACUAUUGUGCUGCAGGAGAUCAUAGGGAAAGGCCGCUUUGGAGAGGUGUGGAGGGGAAAGUGGAGAGGAGGAGACGUGGCCGUGAAGAUUUUCUCCUCUCGAGAAGAACGCUCCUGGUUUCGCGAAGCUGAGAUCUAUCAGACCAUUAUGCUACGACAUGAGAACAUCCUGGGCUUCAUUGCAGCCGACAACAAAGAUAAUGGCACAUGGACUCAGUUGUGGCUGGUUUCUGAUUAUCAUGAGCACGGCUCUCUGUUUGAUUAUCUGAACCGAUACUCCGUCACCAUCGAGAUCAUGAUCAAACUGGCUCUUUCUGCUGCCAGUGGCUUGGCACACCUGCAUAUGGAGAUCCUGGGCACUCAGGGUAAGCCUGGUAUUGCUCACCGUGACCUGAAAUCAAAGAACAUCUUGGUAAAGAAAAAUCUCACGUGUGCCAUCGCUGAUCUGGGCCUCGCAGUACGCCAUGAGUCUGUGACAGAUACCAUUGACAUCGCCCCCAACCAGCGCGUAGGCACCAAGAGGUACAUGGCUCCUGAGGUGUUGGAUGAGACUAUCAACAUGUGCCACUUUGACUCCUUUAAAUGUGCUGACAUCUACGCUCUGGGGCUGGUGUACUGGGAGAUCGCACGCCGCUGCAAUGCCGGAGGUAUCCAUGAGGAAUACCAGCUCCCCUACUAUGACCUCGUGCCCUCUGACCCUUCCAUAGAGGAGAUGAGAAAGGUGGUGUGUGACCAGAGGUUACGACCCAAUGUUCCAAACUGGUGGCAGAGCUAUGAGGCUUUGCGUGUGAUGGGGAAGAUUAUGAGGGAGUGCUGGUAUGCCAACGGUGCCGCUCGACUGACCGCCCUGCGCAUCAAAAAGACCCUGUCUCAACUCAGCGUGGACGAGGACAUCAAGAUGUAAAAGAAGCCUGAGCAGAGCGACGGUCAGAGAUCACUAACAAAAGAAAGUGUACAAAAUUACUACUGCUCCAAACUCUCCUGCCAGUUUGAGAAAAUGUACCGCCGUAAGUUGAGCUGCGACACGGCCUACCUCACCCACAAAGCCAAAACUACUCACAAAAUCGUAUUGCAUUCUAUAUUCUCGAGCUCUUCUCCUCCUCUAGCUCUUCUUAAUGUAUGGCCACAGACUGCAAGUUCUGAUCCUACUGAUCUACAGCGAACACUACUGCCCCUAUAACAGCCCAUAGCUAUAAAUAUCAUGGCAUUAAUAGUUUCUUUUCCCCAGAUAUUUGAAUGAGCCCCAUAUCAGCAGCUGGGAGCGGAGAUCACGCUUAACACGUGUAACGCGUGAACUCCCAGCGCGAGUCACUACAUCGGGCUGUUAGUGUGUCAAGAAGGUUUGUACAGAUCUUACCGCACUCCAUCUGUCUCGCUCUCAUAGGAACGUCCGUGUUAAACGUUAGCAGAGUAUUUUAGUUGAAUGCAGGUGCUAUUUUAAGCUUUAGCUUUUAUUUUUUAUUAUUGGUAUAAUCAGGGUGCAAAUAAUUUUACCCCAACCUCAGAUUUUAAAGUUAAGGUUUAGUAAAGGACAGAUUAGUUUGGUCACUCCAGGGAAAGCUGACAAAUAUUUGGAUAUAUAUAUAUAUAUAUA